AUGCAGUCCUCCCUACUAAAAUACAGAUCUCCUCAGGUUGAACGAAUUAUCAGCCAGGAUGCCUCGAAAAACCGAUCGCGACCCAAGGCACCUGGGGAAGGGGCUUCCAACCAACUCGUUGCCAUAGCCACGACAGAAGAUAUCUUAGAUUUUAUACUGCCUCCGCGCGAGUGGACAGAAAAUGGACAAUUGUGGAGGCAGCGAGUCAGUAGUACUCCGGCGACCCGCGCGGAUGUCAUCGCUCUCCAAGAAGAACUUGAUAAACGUCUGAAACAUAGACAAGCUCGAGAGUACGGUCUCUGCCCAGUUAGGGAAGAAUUGUACUCCCAGUGUUUCGAUGAAAUACUUCGACAGGACGGUGUCAUACUUCAGGUGACCAUUGCAUGCGCCGAGCGAGGGUUGCUACUACACCGCGUACGCACGGAGCUCCGCACAAUGACUCAAGCAUAUCAGAAGCUGUACGAGUCAUCUGCAGCCUUCGGUAUGAGAAAGGCAUUACAGGCGGAGCAGCGGAAAGAAGAAAUGGACGAGCGACUCGAAUCUCUCAACCAAAGCAACAAGCAGCUGGAGCAGGAAGUGAAAGUAAUGGAACGCUACGUCGAGAAGACCGUUCAAGAUGCCACGGCAAGGAUGGAACAGAAGCCUUUUUUCCCUCUCUAUGCCCUUCAGGAGGAACAAGACCACAAAGCGACUGUAACAGCGCUGAAGAAAAAAUCACAGAAGAUGAAGCACGAACUUGAACGGCUUCUCUCCGUUGCAUCUCGAAGAUGA